GUUACACUUCCAAUUCCGUCGCGUGCAAACCAUACCACUGACACAACUGACACCACUUACCUGAAGCAACCUCGAUUAAAUAAAUUUCUCCCGACACGAUCCUCAAUCACGGUACCUUACCUAGGCACUUUAGCGCAUAAAGCCGCAGACAGCACUGAACAUCAUUCCACCUUACAACGCCUGCAACGUCUGCAACACCUAAACACCUACCUACAAACCUCUCAACUUUACCGACUAGAACCAAAAAAAGAAAAAAACACUUCCUACCCAAGUCGUGACUACUAACGUCCUCGACCAAUCUCUACACAAAUAUACCCUUUCUUUCGCGUCAUAUUUCGUGAAUUCAACCUAUACUGAUUGCCUGAUGAUUUCCACCUAAGUCAAGAUUACUAGACCGACAGCUACACCUAGCUACCUAGUACAUCCAGGCUGCAGCUCCCGCCCACUCCCCUCCAAGAUCGUCGUCGGCCGACCGCGCAUUCUUAAUUUCUUAGCCUGAUGCCACAACAUACUUCGAUCAACGGAAACAUGGGAACGGGCGGCGUGGGUGUCGAUGCUGACAACAUGGCAGUUCUGCCAAAAAUACAUGAGGCAUUGGAAGUUGUCCAUAGUCCUUAUUCCGCGAACGACGCUCGCAAGGACGCCCAGUUGUACCUCGAGAACGUAAAGAAUGACGAAAAGGCUUCUUAUUAUGGCUUUCACCUUGCCUUUGAUAAAACACAACCUCCCGUCGUGCGACAUUACGCACUGUCGCUACUCGAACAUGCAAUCAAACACCGAUGGGCCGAUUACACCGAGGAACAGGCCGCCUCAUUGCGCAACUGCGUUUUGGAGCUCUCCCAAGGCAUAUCGAGGGAAGACCCUACCUAUUUGAGAAACAAGAUCGCUUUGCUAUGGGUAGAAGUUGCGAAAAGAAGCUGGGCCGGCGAGUGGAUGGACAUGGAUGCAAUGUUAGUCAGUCUUUGGCAGGUGCCCGACUCUGUGGUACACAAGGAGCUUGUCCUUUGUAUCUUAGAGAUGCUCUCUGACGAUAUAUUCAAUGGGGACGACCCGGUAGUUUCGGUUCGCGAGGGUGUUCUUAGCAAGGCUUCUGUCGAGAUCUUCACACCUGCCGCGGUUCUCGUUGAGACUUUCCCCAACCGACAAGCAGGACCCGACGUCAGAUGCGGCGGCGAAGGCUGGCUGGCGAGGAUCACGGAUCUUCUAAGGCAGUGCUUAUCUGGGGAUGUGCAGCAUAACGCAGAGGUGCGAAGCUGCGCAGUUCGCGCUCUUGCUUUGCUUUACUCUUUGCUGCCGUGGGUUAUCCCUAAUGCUGUCACUGCUACCCAAUGCGUACCAGUGAUGUGCGAGGGUCUUGGCGCCUCGCAUAUUGAAGUCCAAAAGGCAUCUCUGGAGGCUAUGCAUUCUCUAUAUGCUCGAACCAGCUUUGUCGACCAAGAAUUUCUAGAUCUUGUUGUCCCGCUAUAUGGUCGCAAAUACGUGGAGCUAUUCAGACAACUUUUCGAGUGGUCAGUGGCUGAUCCAGAGGACAUCGACGACGACAAGUACCAGUUCUCCAAGAAGCUUUCCGAGGUGAUUUCGUUCCUAGGAACUUACAUGGAUCGUCGCUUUGCUGUCCUACCAAAUGACCCAGACCGUAUCGAUUUUCAGGGGUUCUUGCAACUUCUUCUCCUCAUUACCCAGAGUCAGAGUCUCGUAAUAUCGAUACCCGUCCUUGUAACGUGGACUAGGCUUCUUAAUAACCGAACUCUUGGACCCAGCAUUGCAAGCAUGCCUAUGUUCAUCGGACCGCUUUUGGAAUGCUGUAGCUCAAGGCUUCUCCGAUAUGAGAACCUACCCGAAGAUACCCAGGAUGCUACAUUCCUCUUCCUGCUAGAAGACACGGACACGGUUCCGGAACGCCAUGCUUUCCUUGGGAACUAUAGACGAUAUAGCUCACAAAUCAUUGAGAGCAUUGUCCAGUUGAAGAUAGCUGAUGCUAUGCAGCACAUUCUCGGGCAGGCAGAAAAUGUCCUUGAGCAUCUUUACGACAAUGCGCCAGCAUUCAAUAUGGCCAAUUAUUCCAAGACUUCACAACCCGUUCUUCUCGUCGAUGCUCAAGCGACAGUAAUUGAAGCUGCCCUGAAGGGAUAUGGCAAGUGGCGAUCGAACAAAAGCUCUCAUCAUGAGCAGGAGAGAGCUUCGUUGGAGGAAAGCUUGGAGUCUUGGUGUAAUCGCCUACUUACAAUGACGUUCGAGGACCCUCUCAUUCGAAAAAGGAUCCUGCAGCUUCUCGUUGCCUUCUCUGUCAUGGCACUAGACAAGAACCCAGGGUUCAUGUUAAAGGUCCUCGAACAUAUCCUGGUGACCUGGCCCGCUACGCAUCCUGACCACCGGGUGUAUACCGAUGCGAUUAAAGAGUUACAAGCAGAGAGUAUGGUCGAACUGCAAAGGCUCGCCGCCAAAAUGCCCGAUCAUUUACUAGAUGUAUACGAUCAAAUAGAAGGCAAGGUGAACGAAAUGAUUGCCUCGGGAACUCUUGAUGAGAAACGUCAGAUUACGUAUCAGACGUUCUUAUUUACAAUAGUCCAUCGCUCUACUCGACUUGAUCAGGCCACGAAAGCUCAGAAACUGCAGGGUUUCAUUAAUCCUGUAGUGGCUCAAUGGCAGGAUGAACGCCUGAAGCGGGCUUUGUCAUCCUAUGCGGGCUUCUGCGAGCUCAUGGCGCUUGAUAAGGCGCAGGACUACUUAGCACGAAAGCAGAUGCAAAAUAUUGCAGACUGGGGUUCUGUAGAGCUUGAUGCCGAGGGACAAGCGCUACAGGCCGAACUAGAAGAACGACAGGCUGUUCUCCCAUUGAGACCAACGAAGUCAUUUUUAACUUGUUCCGUCGACAAAGUUGGUAAAGAAACCGAUGCGUUCCAAGUUUCGUGCGCAUUAUGGCAAGAAGGGUUUCCCGCUAUCCUCCCCGAGUUGCUCAACUUCCUAAACCACGCGCACGCUUCUCAUACGCCAGAAAAUUGGGCGGGAUUACCACCAGAAAUGAAAACCAUCGUUAGCCGCGUUCUUACAGAUAGAUUUUGGCAAGCCGGCAUUUCAGAGGGAAGCAAGGACGAAUUCUAUGCUCGCGUGCUUGAUAAAAAACUCACUCUGGAAGGGCUUGCCUCUACAAUCCGAGGCUCUAUAAGAUUUGUGCGCGAGUCUUGCUACGCCGUUAUAUACUGCAUGACACGGCUAGACGUGCAAUUUUACGGCUUCAGCGAGCUGCCGGGCCCCUUGGCUCAUGCUCUUCUAGCUGAUUCCUUCAGCCUUUCAGCCCAUCAGCUGAUCAACGUCCUCAAUUUGGUUAGAUAUCUCGUAGACAACUGCCCGGUCCCCCUACGAGACCAUUUUCUCCCUCCGAUCAUGGCGGCUUGUUGUCAGCAAAUGGAUGCUAGAAUCAAUGCCGAAUGGGCGAAGCUUGACGAGCAGCAAGGCGUUAAGACAGGAGGAGAUGCCCUGACUGAAGAGAUGAAAUCGGAGAGCAUUCUCAGGCAGCUGACAUACGCAUCAAUUAUGAUGAUUGCGGACUUUCUAGAUCCGGCCCGAACAAAUACAGGCGCAGAGGCCGAUAGGUAUCCCACAUUGCGGGAGUUCUGCCUAAUGCAUUCUUCCAUCGUGGAACCCCUUUUACUGUUUUGCACUCACGCCAUACGAUGGCGCGACUCACGAUGUUGCGGAAUUAUGUUGCGAGUGUUCCGCUCCAUUAUUCCGGACUUUGCGCGGGCGAAUUCUACUCUGUCCGGUUCUGGAAAGGUUGAUGCUGUAAGCAUGCCCCCAGAAGCUGCAGGCGCGAUACGCCAAUAUAUCUCGUCAGAUGUGGUGAAGGCGUGCAUAUCAUCCAUUCACGAGCCGUAUUUUGUUGAUCUGCAGAAGGACUAUGCGUCCCUGAUCGCCACCAUCGUGGUAGCCUAUAGCCGACUCACACCGACAGCCCGAGAUGUCCUAGUCUCGCUUCCCAAUAUCAAGCAGACUGAUGUCGAUAACGCGAUCGAGUACAUGAUGCGGAAAGAAGUGAGUAGUCGAAGUCAACGAGGAGUUAUUCUUCAGUUAUUGGGUGACUUGAAAGGAGUGAGCGUGUCCGAGAUGGGCAAGCUCAGCAAGAGCAUCGGAAUUCCCUCUACCAGGAGCAACGGCUCCUCCAGGAGACCGACACGUAGUAAGAUGGCGCAACAGUUCAUGACUGCUCCGGCGCCAGACCAUAGCCAGGCCACGCCUCGCAAUAGUCAAAUGGAGGGAAAUGGCGACCAUCUAGAAGGGGUUUCCAGCCUGUUUGAUUCAUAGGCGGGCUUGGCGGAUGUAUUAUCGCCAGACCAACAAUGGAUCUGAGGGCAUGGUGAAGCUGGCUACCUAUCUACCUAGGAGGUAGGUACUUAGUCUAUGCCUCGGAGGAUAUCAAUCGCAUACAUAGGUGCCGGGCCGAACCGGGGAUUGAAUGAAGGAAGGAGAGUGGCACGGGCUAAGGGGUGGUUGCCAUAAUAUGAAGCACGAUGGACAGACAAUUGGAGCUAUUUCAGCACGAUUGACCAAGACUUUUUUUUUUUUUAACUACCACCUAGGCUAGGUAGAGCAUACCCUUUGCUUUCAUUCUACGGUAGUAAUGUGAAGAGUCAAUUCAUUUGAUUAUAGUGAGAAGUUUAAUGAUUUGAGUAUGUGAUUGUGAAUGUGAUAUUAUUAUUAUUAUUAUUAUCCC